AUGGAAGGUCAACCUCCUCGCAAGAAGAAUAAGAACUUGUUUUCAUUCUUCCAAAGGACUGGUCAACCUACUGAAAGUACAACUUCUGAUGGACUAACUGAAGAUCUACCUUCAUUUCCUUCGGAAGUUGAACAUCAUUCAUCCUCAAAUAUUAGCAUUGAACGAGAACCAGGAAAAAGAAAGGCCGGGCCUUAUCAACCAAGACUUGUUGAGUAUCCUAGAACACAAGGAAAAUCUCAAUCUUAUCGCUUUCGGGCAAAAUGGUUCAACCAGUUUCCUUGGUUAGAAUAUUCACCUACAACAGAUAGAGUGUAUUUCUUUUAUUGUUAUCUUUUCCGAAAUGAUGGAAAUCCGUCCAAUUGUUCGGCAUUGGUAACUUCUGGAUAUAACCAAUGGAAGAGGGUUAACGAUGGAGCAAAAUGUGUAUUUCUUACUCAUUUGCGAUCAUCGAAACAUAAUAUGUGUGAGAGAAGAGCUAAAGAUUUAAUGAAACCGUCUCAACAUAUUGAUAAAGUGAUACAUACCAUAUCGAAUGAAGAAGUUGAGAGACGUCGUCUACGUUUAAAGACUUCAAUUCGAAGGCACGUUGAAAAAAAUACAGAAAUUGAUAAAGUUGUGUUGAAAAAUGCUCCAAAAAAUGCCCAAUACAUUGCUCUGAGUAUUCAAAAAGAAAUCUUACACAUAAUGGUGAAUAAAGUAAGAAGGAUGGUUCGUGAAGAAGUUGGGAAUGGAUACUUUUGUAUUCUUGUUAAUGAAGCACAAAAUGCAUCUAAGAGAGAACAAAUGGCUAUUAUUUUGAGGUUUGUGAAUGGUCAGGGUAUUUUGACGGAACGUUAUUUUGAUAUCAAAAGCGUCAGCGACACCACAUCAUCAAGUCUAAAAAAUGAGACUGUAAAUGUUCUUGAAGUGUUAAAAAUAAGAGGCCAAGGAUAUGAUGGUGCUAAUAAUAUGCGGGGCGCUUGGAAUGGACUUCAGGCAUUAUUUCUUAGAGAUUGUCCGUAUGCGUAUUACAUCCAUUGUCUCGCUCAUCGAUUACAGUUGGUAUUGGUUUAUACAGCUAAAGAAGUUGAUGUUAUUUGGGAGUUCUUUUCUCAUAUGGACAAUAUUAUCAACAUUAUCACUUCUUCCCCUAAGCGCGUUACGGAGUUACAAUCUGCUCAAAGAAUUGAAAUUGAGCUUAUGUUAGCUAUUGGGGAGCGUGAGUCGGGAAGUGGAGCAAAUCAAGUGGGUAAUUUACAACGAUCAGGAGAAACUCGUUGGAGUUCUCAUUGUGACUCUAUAAAGAGCUUAAUAGAUAUAUAUAAUUCAACUUGCGCAGUGUUUGAAAAUCUUAGUGUUCAUUGUCCAAAUGGAAAAUCUCGAGGCGAAGUUCGUGACAUCCUGACUGCUGUGAGAUUCGUUUUUACUACAACAAAACUCCUCCACAAAUUAAGAGAUGAUGAUUGGGAAGAAUUUCUUGAGGAAGUGAAAAAGUUUUGCUCAAAACAUGAUAUUGAGAUACCCGAUCUAGAAAGUUUAUAUAAGGUUGGUCCUUGCCGUUCUCGUGAUCCAAUUACAAUGAAGCAUCAUUAUCACUUUCAUGUUUUCAGUGAAGCAAUAGAUUACGUAUUGAUGGAAUUAAAUACAAGAUUUAAUGAUACAUCAGUUGAACUUCUCACACUCAGUGCAGCGUUGGAUCCUAGAGAUUCAUUUGCAUCAUUUAACAGUUACGAUAUUUGUACACUUGCUGAGAAAUUCUAUCCUGAAGAUUUUCCAAAGGAAGAUAUUCGUACUUUGGAAUAUGAGUUGCGACACUAUGAGCUAGAUAUGAAGACUGAAUCUCGAUUUCAAGUAUCUACACUUAUUGAGUUAUGUCGACAGUUGACUGAGAGUAGAAGAUCAGAGAUUUAUGUUAUGGUUACUAGACUGAUUUGUCUUGUAUUGACUUUACCUAUUUCUACUGCGACUACCGAGCGAGCAUUUUCAGCAAUGAAACAUGUGAAGACGGAUCUUCGUAACAAAAUGGAGAUGAAUUUCUUGCUGAUUGUAUGA